GGGUCCGCGGCGCCCAGUGCCGGGGGCAGGAGCAGUUGGAGACGUUGGGGCUCAGUGCUCUCUUUCCCUCUCUCUUACUCCACGCGAGGGAAAGCGCGUACACCUUAGUCGUGGUAGCGGUCUCAGCCACUCCGCUACUCUCGCGGCUAUUCCACCAUGGCGGGCAUUCUGUUUGAGGAUAUUUUUGAUGUGAAAGACAUUGACCCGGAGGGCAAGAAGUUUGACCGAGUGUCUCGACUACAUUGUGAGAGUGAAUCUUUCAAGAUGGACCUAAUCUUAGAUGUAAACAUUCAGAUUUACCCUGUAGACUUGGGAGACAAAUUCCGGUUGGUCAUAGCCAGUACCUUAUAUGAAGAUGGUACCCUGGAUGACGGUGAAUACAAUCCUACAGAUGAUAGGCCUUCCAGGGCUGACCAAUUUGAGUAUGUAAUGUAUGGGAAAGUAUACAGGAUUGAGGGAGACGAAACUUCUACUGAAGCCGCAACACGUCUCUCUGCCUACGUGUCCUAUGGGGGCCUGCUCAUGAGGCUGCAGGGUGAUGCCAACAACCUGCAUGGAUUUGAAGUGGAUUCCAGAGUUUAUCUGCUGAUGAAGAAACUGGCCUUCUGAAGCACCCAGGAAGCCAACCUUGCUGCUUAGUCACUUAGGGCUGGGACAUUCAUUCAUUCAAGCCCGAGGAGCAGUUAUUGUUGACCACCUGUUCAGGAAGGGCUGUCUGUCUGCCCCCUGUGGGUGCAUCUUUAGGUGGUCUGGACUCCAUGGGAAACUUGCCUGUGAAAGACCCAUUGGGAGAGCUUAAAAUGGAUCAGAAGUUGUUUUGUGUGUGUAUGAUUUUUAAAUUAAACUUUACUUUUUCAGA